AUGACAUUAUGCAAGGUGGUGGAUGGUCAAAUCCCCUCAUGGAUCUCAACUCAAUUCUCACUUGAAGAGUUGAAAAUAACUGAUAGCAAUCUUGUUGGAGAAAUUCCCUCUUGGUUACAGGAUAUGAGACUACGCUCCAUCAAUCUCACAAGAAAUCAUUUGCAAGGUUAUCUUUUUCUCAAUUCUUCAGCUUGGAAGGCAAUAGAGGUUGUAGACAUGUCUAACAAUGCAUUGUCUGGACAGAUACCACCAAUUUGGCCAUCUCAUAUACAAUGGUUGUUGCUCAAUGAUAAUUGGCUAACGGGAAAUAUUCCCCCAAGCAUACAGGUUAACUCUUUAUUGCAAGUGUUAAAUUUAGCAAAUAAUCAUUUGAAUGGAAAAAUCCCUUCAAGCAUAGCCAACUUUUCCUCACUUCAAAUUUUGAAUUUGGGGAAUAAUAAUUUGGGAGGUAUGAUACCAUCUGAGUUUGGUGAGCUAAGUCAACUACAAUCACUAGUGCUAAAGAAUAACCAGCUGAGUGGGGCAUUCUCUCCUUCAAUAUCAAACUGCACAAAAUUACUUUUUCUAGAUAUUGGGCAAAACCUAUUGAAAGGCCAAAUUCCAAAGUCAAUAGGAAACCUUUUACAUUUGCAAGAGUUAGCGAUGAGAAAAAAUAAUUUUGAAGGUAGCAUUCCUACAGAAAUUGGGCAGCUGAAGCACCUCCAAAUCUUGGACCUUUCUUCAAAUCAUCUAUCUGGGUCUAUACCACAGAAUAUUUUUAAUUUGCAAGCAAUGUUGAUAGAAUCAAAAGAGGGAUUUAUCAUGGUUCAAAAGUAUCCAUUUCUUAGUAAAAAUUAUCCAAGUUUUGAUGUAGUGAUGACAAUCAUGUAUGAAGAUGGAUUAAAUAUGAACUCUAAAGGUAGAGAUGAGCACUAUCCAUAUAUUUUCUCCACCAUGGAAUCAAUUGAUCUCUCCAAUAAUCAAUUGAGUGGUAAUAUUCCUUCUGAAUUAGGAAAGUUGAAAGGCCUGAUGCUUCUCAACCUAUCCAUGAAUAAUCUCAAUGGAACAAUUCCAAAUAGUAUUGUGCAAAUGAGUCGGCUAGAAUCAUUAGACCUUUCUACAAAUCAUUUUUCUGGACAAAUUCCAUGGGGGCUUGGAUCUUUGAGCUACUUGCAAGUCCUAAACUUAUCAAAUAACAAUCUUUCAGGUAGAAUACCACAAGGAGGACACAUGACAACAUUUGCAAAUUCUUCAUAUGAAGGAAAUCCAAGUUUAUGGGGAUGUCCACUUCGAAAGAACUGCUCUUGGCCAGAUUUUGCUCCUGCUCCUCCUUCCAUUUAUGCACCUUCCAAUGAAGAAGAAGAGAUUGAGGAAAGUUUGUGGUAUUGGAUUGGAGUGGGACUGUCAUAUGGUGUUGGUUUCGGAGUUGUGCUGCUAUCUAUUGUACUAAGAAAGAAGUGGGGAGAAAAAUACUUUGAUGGGGUUGAUAUGGUGUUGAAAUAUUUAUUUCCAUGGCUCCAUAAUUUGACAAUAUAA